UUCUUGUUCCAGAUAUCGCCCAACAAUGAUAAGGCCGUCGACAGCGGCGACUGUCUCUUCCUUUGCACACGAACACAGGCUGAAAUGAGCCCUAAGGGAGCCGUAAAUCUGUGAUACGCUGGCAUGGAGGGCCUCCGCAAAGAGCAGACAUCAAAGGGACGGCUGAGGCGAAUGAGAGGAACACCAGGCCCGAAGCGACAGUGUAAGGUCAGAUUGUAACCUUAUUUGAAACGCCUUAAAGUGUAUAAGGCCAGCAUUCUGUGAUCCCUCGUGGUGACCAGCCCUUGUCAGCGGCACUGUGAUGCCGUUGUCGCCCUUCCUGGUCAUCGUAUCAUGCCACCCCGUCUGUCCGGUGGGCCGCCGCUGACGUCACCGACUUCGCUCGCCUCGCUACUCACGCUCGUAGUACUGCUCGCGGUGAGCGCUGUCCACUGCGGGCCGCGGUACAGCUCGCGCAUUGUCGAGAUUCAGAGCGGGGCCAUCCGGGGGAUUAUACUAGAGUUGAAUUCGAGACAUCUGGAGCCGGUUGAGCUCCGGAGUGACAAACCGGAUUGUUGUUGGGAUGUAAACAAAUCCCCGAGGCGAAAAUUUCGAGAUUGAAUUGAUUUCUUGACGGUGGAAGAUCUAGCAUGGGAUGGAAGCAACCGAGUUAUUUAUGAAAAUAUGUGGAGAUGAGUACUAAAAUUAUUACUCAUGGUGAACCAAGGAAAUUACUAGGCAACACACGAAGAAAUUGUCCAUAUCAGGUUCCCAAAUUGUUCAGUGACAUGGAAGAUGCUGAAUACUAUAUACAGGCAGCCAAACGACUACAGAAGAAAAACAACGGAUACAAAUUAAAAAUUAUAGUUAUUCCGUGGUAUUCAUGUGUUAUGUUUGUUAUUUCAAAUAAACAUGAUAAUAG